AUGAGAAUGAUAAUUCCUUUAUUAUUUCUUCAUGUAUCAUUGUGUGUGGCUCUCAAUGUGAUGGUUUCGACUACUGACAGUUGGGUAGCCAAGAAUGUUAGAUUUCUUUACCAAUCAUUGAAGGAAGAAGGGCACAAUGUGAUAUUAGUGGGUCCCUUGUAUGGAUGUCACGAGAAACCGUCUACAUUAACUAGGCGCUCAGGAAAGCCUGAAAAUGAUGGCGGUGACUUUGGCCAUCUUUUACCCGUUCACCAAACAUAUUACAAAAACAUGAAGCGCUUGAAUAGAGCAAAGAAUGUUCUUACAAGAGCUGAAAUAGAUAGACUUGGUUCUGUAACUGGUGCUACAUUAGGACAAGAUCCAAUGGAUAAAGACGUCUGGUACGUCAAUUCAUUACCGCUGGAAACUUUAUCGAUGGGCUUAGAUGUGAUAUUACCUCAUUACUAUCCUGAUUUUGUCCCUGAUUUAGUAGUGAUUGGUCCUAAUGAAGGUUUGGCCUUGACCAAUACCACUAAGAGCACAGAGCUUCAGUCCAUGCUUCAGCUCCUAAUGAUAAAGGAUAUUCCAGGUAUUGGUGUAUCUACUCAAGAUAAUCAUCAUGUUUAUUUCCAAGAUGAAAACUUUUUCAAUAUUGACAAUACAUUUAGAAAGGUAUUCAAAAAUAACGCCUUUGGUAAGAAUAUAAAAUUUAUUUGCUCAAAAGUCAAUCAGUUGAUAUCAGAAAUCGGAAACUUUCCUCUGAAAACUGUCCUUAAUAUUAAUUUUCCCUCCAUGAAUCACGAAAACUCCCAGUGUUCUACCUCACUCAAAGCCAACCCAGAGUAUGUUCAGAUAUCAUACGAUAAUGAAGAAGAAGAACUUCCACUUCGCAUGAAAAGGAAUAUAUCCAAAUAUUCAAUGGGUGUAAAUGAGAUAAUACUCGAUGGAGAAUAUGGUCAGACUUUAGAUAAGGAAAGGCCAAGAGACAAAAUCUCAGCCGAAGAGGAUGAGCUUGCAACUUUCGUCGACAAAGAAUCUUCCUACUACUUGGAUACCAUAAAGAGAUUAGCAUACAGCGAUAAGGAAUCAGAAAAUAGAGAAGAAUUCAAAGCAUUAACCAAGUGUUCGAUUUCUGUGAAUGUCGAAAAUCUUGACCAUGGAUCUGGUCUCCCAUCAAACUACUGGAAUGUAAUGGAACGUUUAGAGAGCCACUAA